GAAACUCCAUUAGUCACAAGCACCUGCUACUCGAAAUCUUCAUCAAGUACAUGUAGUAAGUAUCUUCAAACGAAUCAGAUGGACCGUACAUAAAACACUGAUCUAUGGUUACGCGUCUCCCUGUUUUUGCCAUCAUGGUCCGCGUGGUCCAGGAUAACCGUUCCAAACAGACUCUCGUGUGCGGUCGGAUUCCUCUCCGUGUUUUCCGGUUCUCCUGUAGAAUAUUAGGCUCACUCUCUCCGACUCUAAGCCACCCAUCAUGCUCCUCCCAGGCUCGCUUACCUGGAAGUGCGGGGGAUACCUCAUUCGAGCCAGAACAACGAGAGAAAGUGAAAAUUUUCCGAUUCAGUCAAAGACUACCCUUGACGCGCUCGACACGCAAAUUCUGCCCAAGACCGCGGUCGUGUGAAUAUUCUGGUUGGAUAUCCUUUUUUCCUCUCCUGGUGGUGAAGUGAUUUUGCUGGGUUUGCCAGCAUUUUUUUUUUCCUAGACAGAAAGUGGCAGUGAAGUUGUUUUAACCGUUUUUUUCCUCGUUCACCACGCUGAUGAAAGCUCAAGCACACAGGAUAUCUAUCACCUUGGCAGUCAGGAGGCGUACGUGCGUCUGUGUCUAUAAAUAGUGUUUGUGGGAAGGCAGCGAAAACGGUGUGGAACACGGUUCAUCCGGCCAAGGAAGGAUACAACUGAAGUGAAUGAAAAAUACAUUAGUGAAAAAUAAAAUCGCUGCAGAAAAAGAAGAAAAAAUCAACCCACAGGAAACCGGAGAAGAACUUGCCACGGACCCGAGCCAACCAGCAAGGCAAAUUUAGCCUAACGCCUAUUUGAAACCUCGCAGCUCCCACCCCGUCCUCCUCGUACCGUGUCGCCGCAUUAACUUCGGCGAACCCACGGCGGUAGCGAAGCUUGCAAGCGGUUCCCAAUCUGUAGAGAGUGUAGAGUUUGGUGUGUAUUACAACAGUCGCGGAGCUUGUAAACCACCUGUCGAUUGCAAUUAAAAGUGAUUUUCCUUGGCGGAGGUUCGCAUUUCCAUUGGAACCCUCUUCUCGCGGGCUGAUCACUACGGAGAAGACACACAUAGUCUGCGGACAACUUUAGGAUAAUCGUCGGAUCUUAAUACCGCAUGGAAGCCGUACCAGGGUGACUUCCAGGAUUUAGAAGCACCCUCAGCACUUAGCGGAAAUCUCCAUACUCUACUAGUUUUCAAGUUCGAAUAAACCAAUCGAGGGGGCUGAAACAACAGCCGUAUGAUGGAACAAGAGCUUCGGGCAACCAUUUCCUGUCCUUAACCAGCAGUGAUCUCAAAACAAAGUGCUAAAAGUGCGAAUGUAUUGGAAAGUCACAGAAGCUCGGUUCCGUCGGUGAAACUCAGCGAAACCGAAUCUUCAUUCGAACGAGGGGAGUUCGGCUCUCUGGGGAUGGCAAUUAUGACAUAAAAAAGGUCUUGCGUUAUUUAUUUGCGACAGUCGAUGCUUGUGUUCUACCGUCUUAGGGGAUGCCGCAGAGGAAGUGAAAUAUAAAAAGCUUUCUUUGUUCAAAUUAGUGAGAAGAGCUGCUCGUAAAGCACAACCCGUCUGCGUUUUUUUGUUCUUGCCACGAUGUGAUUGGGCAGGUGAAAACGGAAAGAAAUCAUCGUUAAGAAGAAUAAGGUGAAUUAUUUGGUAUACAGUCGUGGGCAAGUGAAUGGAAGUGUUUCAUGCGAUGGAUAUAGCAGCUGAUGGAACCCUGCGAGCAUCCAUCUCCAACGGGUGACAACAGAAGGAAUGUGCGAGGUGAACGUGUGCUCGGUUUCGCAAUUAAUUUUCUUCAAAUGGGAAUACGACGACCUGUUGCUGGUGCCAUUUGGGAGUGAGAUUUCUGAUGUACUCGUGCUUCCCGACAAGUGUUGUGAAAACGCAGAAGGAUGUUCGUGUGAAUUUAAUCAUGCAUUAGCAAAGCUCGUCGCAGCUCAUUUCACGGUAGAACGGCCAGCAAUUAUUCGACGAAAGUUUAGUUAAAUGAUUCAGUAGCAUCGGUGUGACGGUUCUGGCCUGGAUUGGAAAACUCGUUAAAGUUUGAUCACGUGUGAAGUUCAUUCGUUGCCAUUAGAGGUGCUCAUCGAUAUUGGAUUUCUGGUGGCAGUAUAUAGGACGGGACGAAGUCACUUUCAACUGGUUGUAAAUGCUCAGCCCAAAAAUGCAGCGGGCCAUUCGUGUCAACGAGAAUCAGCUAUUGAUGAUGUCCGAGCGAGCACAUUAUGAUCGUUCGAUGCACGGGCUGCUGUACAAGCGAACAUCAGACAAUAAUAAAUGGCAGCAAAGAUACUUCGUUCUGUAUCAGAACCUGCUCUUCUACUACGAAUCGUUUGACUCAAUCCGUCCCUUGGGAAUGAUCUUUCUGGAAGGAUGCUACUGCGAACGAAUUGUUUCAGCCCCCUCAACACUGUCCGCUUCGCCCGUUGGCAGCGGUAGCAGCGGACAGGGCUCCAAGGUUGUCAAGGAGGAAAAACUACAGCACUGCUUUGUCAUUUGCUACAGACGAGAAAAUCAGCGACAAUACGAGCUGCGGGCCACCUCGGAAUCGGAAUGUUCAACCUGGAUAAUUGCCAUUCGGGAGGCAAGCUUCAACAAACUGCUCUUGCAAAAGGAGGAGCUCGAACAGAAGCACGUUCACCUGCUGCAGGUCGUUGAAAGCGAGAAAACAGCUAAAUGGCAGUACACUAUGCAAUGUGAAGAGCUUGUGUCUGAAAUACGGAAGCUCAGAGCCGAGUUAUAUGCGCUUCGCAAAGAGACCCGCACCAGCUACCACGCUACGCCGCGAGGGAGCUUCAGCGUACCGGCCGAAGGCCAGGACGACCACUCGUCGCUGUCCGGUCUGUGUGCGUCCGUGCAGGAUUCGCUCGAGCUGAGGAAGAUUAAGAAGGUGCAGAGCUUUUUUCGCGGCUGGCUGUGCCGUCGCCGUUGGAAGCAAAUAGUCGAAGAGUACAUACGGUCACCCCACGCGGAAAGUAUGCGGAAACGAAACCACUUGGUGUUCAGCAUGGUUGAAGCCGAAGAGGAGUACCUGGAACAGCUGGAGGUACUCGUCGCGUGUUUCCUGCGUCCCUUCAAAAUGGCCGCCAGUUCUAAGCGUCCUCCAUGCUCGCACGAAGACGUCAAUUCGAUCUUCCUCAACUCCGAAACGGUUCUGUUCCUGCAUCAGAUCUUCCUGAAGGGCCUAACCUCACGCCUGGAGUCGUGGCCAACUUUGGUUCUUGGUGAUCUUUUCGAUAUGUUGUUGCCCAUGUUAAGCAUCUACCAGGAGUACGUACGCAACCAUCACUACAGUUUGCAGGUACUGACCGAGUGCAAGAGCAACACGAACUUCGCGUCCGUGCUGAAGCGGCUGGAAGCAAAGCCCUCCUGCCAGGGGCGCAGUCUGGAAACUUUUCUCACAUAUCCGAUGCACCAAAUCCCUCGAUACAUCAUCACACUGCACGAGCUGCUGGCUCAUACGCCGCAUGACCACGUGGAGCGUAAAAGCUUGCAAAGUGCGCGCCAGCAACUGGAGGACCUUUCGCGCCAAAUGCACGAUGAGGUCUCGGAAACCGAAAACCUACGAAAGAACCUGGCCGUAGAGCGCAUGAUCGUCGAGGGGUGUGACAUACUGCUCGACGUCAAUCAGGUGUUUGUGCGGCAGGGAAGUUUGGUACAAGUUCCACCGGGGAAAGGAAAGCUUCUGAGUCGUCUGGCUUCGUUCAAAAGCGACCGGGACCAUGUUCGACAGUGCUUUCUCUUCUCCAACCAUAUGAUUAUAGCAACGAGAACAUCCGGAGGUCGGUUGCACUUACUACCGGACGUGGGUAAAAUUCCGCUGGCGGAUGCUACCCUCGUCGAGGACCCCAGCGAAGUGCAACACGAGGAGGAGAAUGCCUCCGUGUGUUCCGCCUCCACCAAAGGCAGUACUUUGAGUGUAACCGAAACGGUCAAUGCCGGAAAUCGUGAUUUCAAGAUAAUCGUAGAAAUAAAGUCCGGGAUAAGGCACACUAUUCACUUAGUUGCGCCGACCAUUCAAGACAAGGAAGCCUGGAUUAGUGAUAUAUCGCAGUGUUUGGACAAUAUUCAUAUGCACUCGCUACUGUCGCCUGGAAUCGGGAGCUCGUCUGGAGGAUCCAUCUUUGCAGGACAUCAAGCGCUCCGAGCCGACCCGAGACUGUUCAAGGACGACGUGGACAUUCGAUUUUCCCGAACGCUCAACUCAUGCAAAUUACCUCAGGUUCGUUAUGCGACCCCGGAACGACUGCUGCAACGGUUGACUGACCUACGGUUCCUAUCGAUCGACUUUUUGAACACGUUCCUGCUCACCUACCGUGUGUUCACCGAUGGAGAAACGGUGCUGAAAGCACUGAAAAGUGUAUUCUACGAUCCUCCAACGGAACCGUCGUACGACUGUGAUCAUCAGACGGAUUUUUUAGAGCUGCCCUACCAGGAUGGACGGGCGUCCCCACGGAGAACGUCCGGUGCUAGUUCGGUUUCGGGUUACUGCUCGGAAGGUGCAGACCGCGAUCGUUCAAUGAGCGGUGACUCCGUAGGACUGCGAUUCCGAGGUUCACGACGGGGUUACCCAAGCCAUCAAGGCUCGGAACAGGAAACUCUAUCAUGGAUACCGGAACAGGUGGGUCCUGUCAUAGUUCAUGGGUCGCAUCAUCACGAUAAACCAGAGGAGAAGCAAAUCUCUCCAAAGCACGAGUCUGGCCACAUGCAAAGUAAGUCACAACACCAAAUCCACCCUCAGCCGCAGGACGAUUCCUAUCUGGCCAUACCGAAAACGAUGGCUGGCUCCAGCAGCUCCGACACGCUAACCGAAGCUGCAAUGAGUGGACCUUCGUCGCCGUCCAAUCUGAGCAGUGUCACCUUGGUGGGAUCGACCGGGUCGGGUGGACAGGACAAAUCGGAAGCUCAAACACCCACGGAGGGCACGUUUAAAUAUGGCAAAGCACCGACCUCUCCACUGCCAGAACGUGUUUAUCCAAAACAACGGAAAGAUAUUCCACCAACAAUUUGUACGACGGACACUUCCAGCACGAUAGAACAACAUCAACAGCUUCCACCACAACAGGAACAGCAGCAGCAGCAGAUUAAAAUACCUCAAACGCCACCAACAGUAACAACAACGCCGUGUCACAGUCCAUCCGCUGUCCAGCAACAGCCGCAGCCACUGCUAAUCACCAAAGACCAACCAACGACAGUGUGCCAAAACGGACACGAAGGGCCGAAAAUAAUAACUCAACCUUAUCUGAGCACAACAACCACAACAACGGUCACGAUAACGACAACAACUACCACAACGCCUGCCAAAAGUAUCUCGCCGCCCCAACUACUGCCGACGGACCGAAGACCAAGCGUUGGACACAACAUUGCCAUUCCACAUGCUGCCCUCUGUCAACAUCGCCAUAGCUUACAGCUGAACGGGGACGGCAGCUUCUUAGGGAAGGGCAGCGAAAAGCUACAGACACAAAUCAGCAGUCCACGUUUGACCACACGGAAGUUCUCCGCUCCGAAAACGCCGGACCGCCCGCGAAAGAGCCUCUUCGGAACGCCACAACGGGAACGCGACUCACCGAGUACGCGUCGGUUCUCGGAAAGCGAUGACGACAUGGCCACCUCGAUCUUCACGACGCCCCGCGGCUCGGUGGGUGGCGUCUCGCUCAACACCCUCUCGUCCCGAGCUUCCAUGCAGCACGAUCACGUUCCGCACUGUUCCAGCAAAGUAGGAGUCGUAAUCACUUCCUAUCGGCAAUCGCAACGCAGUUUUGGGCCUGACCCCUUAUGGAGUAGCACCUCAACGGCAGCAGCGGCUUUCGCAAUCGCUACCUCAGCUUCCAGCAACCCUAGGGACGAGCCCCCCGAAGUGGAAGCUAGGAACCGGAAAGAAUCUGUUGUCAGUUCCCCUGCUACGAUGCGUGUGCUGAACGUCCUGCGCCACUGGGUGUCCAAACACUUCCAGGACUUCGAACAGGAUGCAACUCUGCGCUCUCAGACGAUAGCUUUCUUGGAUGACAUCACGUGCAGUCCGAACUUAUUACCAACCGAGCAUCGAGCUGCAUCCCAACUGUUGCGGUUGCUGUGCCGCGAGGACAUCGACAGUGGCAAGCAACAUCUGGAGACGCUGCUGACGCCACCGCUGUCCACAUCCACCGAACAGCUGGCGGGCAAGGAAAGCAUAGAGACUCUAUCGGCGCUGGAAAUAGCGGAACAAAUGACGUACCUGGAUCAUCAAAUAUUUCAGGCCAUUCGAAGCGAGGAAUUUCUCGGUCAAGCGUGGAUGAAAUCGGACAAGAAGUCACGUUCAGAACAUAUCAUUCUUAUGACGAAACGAUUCAACGACGGUUCUCGACUGGUCUGCUCCGAAAUAGUUUCGAGGCAAAACAUGACAGCGCGGGUAGCUGCCAUCGAGAAGUGGACCGCCGUAGCAGACAUUUGCCGGUGUUUGCAUAACUUUAACGGAGUGCUGCAAAUCUGUGCUGCCUUCACCAAUGCGGCUGUGUAUCGACUGAAGAAAACCUGGGACAAAGUGCCGAGAACAAUCAAAUCGACAAUCACAAAACUGCAGGCUGUGGUGUGCUCCGAUGGGAGGUUUCGCGUCAUGCGGGAGGCACUGCAUCGUUGUGAUCCACCCUGCAUUCCGUACCUGGGCAUGUAUCUAACGGACCUCUCGUUCAUCGAAGAGGGCACGCCGGACUUUACACCGGAUGGUUUGCUGAAUUUUUCCAAAAUGCGAAUGAUCGCACAUGUGAUACGGGAGAUUCGCCAUUUCCAACAGACGCCGUACAAAGUAGAUCACAUACCGAAAGUUACAUCCUACCUCCUGGAUACAUCGUUGCUGCUGGACGACGACGAAUUGUACCGAAAGUCGCUGCAGAUCGAACCGCGCAGUUCGCGUCUCAGUGCACCCAAUACGGCGAAUGUUUAAAUUUUACAUUUUUCUGCACCGGGGCAUGCCGGGGAGCUAGUGAGUGGGAGGGGGACCUUGUCGCACUGUGAAUCCAUUGAACAUUUGGAGGUUGAAUCCAUCCGAUACGGCGCAGCAGCAGAACGAGAGAAAAUGGACAUUGCAACGUGGAAGUAUUUAUUUUGAAGUGAAGUGAAUUUGAGUGACAAGUGGCUAGGCUAUUGUGAUAAAUGUUUGAAGAGAAUGAAAGUUGUGGGGAUAGUGAGCUCGAGGAGUAGUAUCAUGUGGCACGAGUAUCGAUGCAUCAGGCGAACGGCAUUCAUAUGCUUCGCUUCCUAGAAGACACUAACUCAAUUAUAAGUUUCACAAGCCAUCAACACCGGAAAGGCCAGUUGCUUGCAAAAAAAAGGUACGCCAGAGUGUGGCUGAUAGCGACUAGAGAGUGUGCAGAUCUGCGAAAAAAUCGGAUCUAAUACCAUGCACUUCCAACAGCUCAGCUCGACUUCAAGGGAAAAUUUAGCUCGGCGCAGAAAAAAAAAACCAAACCGGAGGUCAAACUGAACGCAGAACAAAGAGCAGGGAAAAAGCAUGUUCGACGUCGUACCUACUACGGUUUUCAUUAGAUGACGCUCCUACAAGUGUGACUUCGGAGGAUGCAAGCGAAAGACGCCAACAUCAUCAUCGCCGGCAACAUAAAUCAAUGCAAUCAAAGUUCGCUCGUCUGAUGGUGAUGAUGACGAUGAUGAUGAUGCUCGUGCUCGGGAUAAUUACCUUUACAAAGUUCAAUCAGGACUUUCAUAGCGAGCGAGUGCCGUACGCCAACGCCACCACUGCACUGACUGAAGGGCACAGAGUGAAAAGCCAAUCGGUGUUUUUUCCCCGCUCCAGAGCGAGAGUUCCACUGCGUUUCAAAGGGAUUACUUUGACGGCGGUUCCGAUGAACGGUGGAUGACGGUGCUUUGAUGGAUGUUACACAGGUUGCAAAAGUCCGAGAAUCCUUCCUCCUAUUCAAAUGAAAUGAAACAUUGUCAGAGACUUUGAAAAAAACUAGCCUGUAAAAACACGAAUAUGUUGAACAAUGGCUCAACACGUUCUAACACGUCCAAAAUAAUAUUUGCUCUUCCCUUCUUCGCUCACUAGAGAAUCAAUAAAAUUGUUCAUCUGCUACAAUUCCGGUAAUAUUUCUCUCUUUUGUCUUGAUCCGAUUAAAUCAGCUAACCUUGAAAAUAUGAACUUCCCAUAUAAAUGCAUUGCAUAAACUUUGUAGAAAUAGAAUUAUCUAGAAAUAGUUUGUUAUGCUGGUCAUAACUUGGUAUUGGACUCACGAGUACGUGUACUAGGAAUAAACAAUAAGGAGUAGUCGAGUGAACCAGAAAUAAGAAAAAAUGAUAGAGCAUCUAGUGUUUGUCUUGUUCCAAUGUGUGGAUUACACCUGUAGAGGACGAAAUGGGGAUAAUUUUCUACUGGGAAAGUGAGAGAAGAGAAAAAAACAAUCCUACAUAUCUAGCAAAUGACUCAAUUUAUAAACCAAAUCUAGAAAACGAAACUCAAUGUUAACUUCUUUGUUAGUGUUUACCAGGAGACAGCCAGACGACUGGAAUCUGCUCUCCAAUUUACUAACAUUCCUCAAAUCUUCUUAUGAACACGAUAAAAACAAAUCAAACAUGGCACGAUGGGCUGCCAGCUGCAUGAGCAACCACCGCCGAAGUAGAGCUAGAUGUAAGAGCAAGAGAAAGCUGUUUUCCAUAUCUAAGUCGUUUGAUCGGGACUAUGCGGUAGAAAAUUAAGAGAGAAGAGUUCAAUAAAUCAGAUUGAUAUUAUUCGAUUGUUGGAAACAAGAAAUGUGGCCAAUUCAUUAAAGCGCUAGCUCAUUAGACUUGGUGUUAUCGAUGGAUCUCCAAGUGGUACGGUGUUUUCUGUUGCUGUUGGCUACUAUAAACGAAAGGGUAGAAUUGGAAACGACGCGAAUGGGAUUUCCAAGAGCUUAGCCGAACGUCGAAUGCAGAAACAAAAUGUGAUGUAUUACCUUUUACCUAUUCAAUCAACAUAACGUUUCUAUACUCAACAAGAUUAACAACUUACAAAAAAAAACAAAUCAAACCCAAAUGAUCUUAUUCAUCAAGUGUAUCAAAUCUGCUGGACUGAUUGCGAACAAUCCUUAGUAUUAAGCACCAAGAGGGUCCCUUUUACCUGUUAACUGUCUGUUGAAAUGUUGAUAUAAAGCCAUUUGUAGUUUAGGCACUGCGUGCAACCAAGUAUUUUAUUGAUAGUUGAUAAAAAACACGACAACCCUAAGAGAAUGCAACUGUGAGAACAAUGAUUCAAUUAUGACGAAUCAUAAACACAUCAAACACUGGAACAAAUUUGCGAAAACUCAAAUUAUGCGUGAAGAAUGGAAAACACUUACUAAUGCGCCAAUGCUAACAUUUCUUAAAUAUGGCUGAGCUGAGCAUUCUCAAUGAAAACAAUCAAUUUUACAAAUAACAUUAAAAGUUCUUGAAAUCCUCUUUUUUAAUUUUUCAGUGAUGAAAAAAUAAUAAUCAAAAAUUUUCCUCAGAAAGGUAACAAAACGAAUUCCAAACUUUGAAACACAUUCCUUUCCAAAAGCAACUAGUGAAAUAAAACAUUAUAACCACAGUAAGUCCAGUUUUGCUCAAUCCUAUAUUCCACCAAAAGAAAAAAAAUGCCAAAGAUAAAACUUGAAACGAUUAACUCGAUAAAACACAACAAUGUAAACCUUUCUUUUCUUAAAAAAAAUAAAAGUUCAACCUCAAGCUU